AUGAACGGCACUCCUCGACUUCGAUCUUCCUUUCCCCAGACGCCCCGCAAAUCUCCACAUUACAGAACUCUCAACGACGGCCAGGAUGGGACUCCACUCGAAGCCCGGUUGCGGACCCUUCGAAACGAGAAACCCGCACCGGUGAGGCUCGAACGAAGGGACUCAAACGCGCCACUUAUUCCCUUCAGUGUUGUGGAUGCGCCAUCUCAGAGAUUAUAUGUGGUGGCUUUCUACCUGGCCUUGAAUGCGUGGCGGAUGUAUGAAUUCUGGACGUCGACAGACGAUUUCGAUUCAACCUGGCUUUUCUUGAAGUGGGUCUCAAUUGACGGCAUAUUUUUGUUCGGGCUCCCUGCUCUGAGAGUACCAUGGCUAGAAUGGUCGUUUGCGACUACGUUGGCGGUAUUCAUGGUGCAUGCUGUUGCCAAUGCCUUCUUAAUGUUUCGUAUCCCUAUACCCAUAGAGUCAUGGAUGGCUGCUCUCGUUAAAGUGGCCUAUGACAGAGAGCUCUCCAUAUCAGAAAGGAGGGUUAAACCGGCUGACAUCCUCCGUAAUUCGUCUUUGAUUCUGGGCAAGCAAAUCAUCCAUAUCCUUCCAGAAGGUUCUGCAGUAUUGAACCCAGAGCAAGCCUCCUUUUGUAUAGACAGCCAGACAACCCAAGCCAUGCUUCCAAUUCGUGUGAACCAGACUACCCCGAUAAUCAUUGAUCUUUUACGGUUUGAUCUCGAGUCUGGAGAGAGCGAGACCAUCUCAGUUCCACCCAAACAACUGAAGCAUAUGGUGAAGCAAGCGAAUAAGGGCCACCCGAGUUCGGAUAAGUACAGCCCAAGAGAUUUACUAUUUCCGGUCAAAAAAACGGGAAUUUACCAGUUACAAAGAGUCGUGGACGAUUCGAAGCUUGAGGUUAGACGUCGUCCACUUGACACCCUUGUUGUGGCGUGCCCGAGAGCGGUAAUUCGAACCUCGGCGGAUAGCCGAUGUAAGGGUGAGCUGUCGGACUUGAUGCUUGUGGUCGAGGGGACGCCACCUUUAAAGAUCAAAUAUAGCCGCAAAGUUAAUAAUAUCGAUCACGGCGUCUCAUUCCAGAGCAUUCAGCCAGAAAACUUUAGAUCACCCCUCAUUAGUCAAACCCGUGUCGGCCCUCUGAUAGACCCGAAUGACCUAGAUGUUAGUUGGGCGCAACCUCAAAGAAUCGAAGUUCCGCUCAAUGAAUCGCUGAGCACUGGGGGCGAAUGGAUCUAUUCUAUCGAAGAGGUCCACGAUGCUUGUGGAAAUGUUGCAAACUAUUCUCUCGCUCUUCAAGAUGGCGAUCAACAACUUUCGAAAGUUUCAUCACAAACUCAACAAUUCUUAGUUCAUGAGCGGCCUCGCGUUUCGCUGUCUGGAUGCAACGCUCAAUCGUAUCUCCAAGUGGCGAAAGGUCAUUCCAUUGAUCUACCACUUCAUUUCCAUUCCGUUGGGCGCGAUCAGGCAGCUGAUGCCCCGUAUACAUUGACGUACUCUUACAAGAGUGAAGCUACCCAGGACGACAGUUCCAUUUCUCCGUCCGUGCAGCAAAUCAGCCUUCAAAGCGUUGACGACAAACCUCGAAUCCAGGAGCAGGGAUGGUAUAGUCUUACUACCAUCUCCAGCCAAUUUUGUUCAGGCGAGAUAUUCGAACCUGCGUCCUGCUUCCUUCACAAUCCUCCUGAGCCAAGUAUUAACUUACGAUACGAAAAGCUGUAUGACAAGUGUGCAAAUAUUUCGGUUGGCCUUCUGGUCGACCUCGACCUGAUUGGAACCCCGCCGUUCCAAAUUCGGUAUCAUAUCGAGCAGGCAACCGGAGUUCAGACGCGUCUCAUCUCCAUCGAUUCUCUAAGGAGGCAAAUCGAUUUUAGGCCAAAAGAAGCAGGGCAUUAUAAGUACGAAUUCAUUGACAUUUCGGAUCGCGUUUACCUUCCCCAGCCAUUGAAAGGGAAGGUUCCGGUGUUGGAGCAGGACGUGAAACCUCCCGCUUCGGCACAAUUCUUUGGCUCUGUAACUAGUCGCAAAGCCUGCUUUGGCGAACCUGUUUCGAUCGAUGUUUUGUUCGUUGGGGAAGCUCCAUGGGAACUGCAGUACGAGCUUGUCCAUAAUGGGAAGAGGAACAAACAUACGCUUCGGAGUGAGCAUGAGAUAGCGACCGUUGUUACUGAAGAUCUCGUUGAUGGUGGUGGAUAUACUUUAGGCUUGACAAGUGUGAAGGACAAAUCGAAUUGCAAGAAGUUGUUAAAGGAGGAGAUCAAUAUUGAUGUCCGGCCCAAGAGGCCUCAAGCUGCCUUCGGUCUGAUCGACAAGAAGCGCAGCAUUCUUGCUCUGGAGGACAAGAAAGUAGAGCUACCGCUACGGUUGGAAGGAGUUCCGCCGUGGACUGUCAGAUUUCGGAACCUUGACAACAUUUCGAUACCUCCCAUCGAGAGGACGCUCUGGAAUGAGAAUAGUCUUGUCCAACUCACCCAACGUGGCCGAUAUGAAAUUGUCGCAGUUAGUGAUUCUACAUGCCCCGGCUCUGUUGAUAAGGGAGCAAGCACAUUCGAAAUUUCUUGGAUUUCUCGACCGGCAAUUACAGCUAUCGAUGGUUCUCCCGUUGAGGAUAAGGAUGUUCUAGCAAAACGAGAGGUUUGCGAAGGCGAUGAGGAUCUCAUGGAAAUGAAGUUUGAUGGCACCCCCCCUUACACGAUUCGAUACGAACAACAGCGCCGGCCAAUCACUGGCGCGAUCUCCACAAGCAUCAAGACAAUGACGGCGGCACUGGGAUCUGCUUCUCUACAAAUGGACACAUCAAAGCCGGGUGAUUAUUCUUAUAAGAUUAUAGAACUUGGUGAUAAUCUCUAUAGCUUCGAUCGUAAGAAGCAUGCACCAGUCACCAUUACGCAGCGGGUUAAUCCUCGACCUUCCGCGCGCUUUGAACAGCCCAACCACAUAUACGGAUUUUGUAAAGAAGAAGGCAAUACGGAGGAAGUGAUCCCUAUAAUUCUGGAAGGAAUUUCCCCGUUCUCCCUGGAGAUUGGGAUCAAACAUUCUUCUGUAUCGAAACCGGAGGUGUUAUCCAUUCCACACAUAGACUCCAACCGACAUAACUUGCCAAUCCCCCGACGGUAUCUCAACCUAGGCCAACACGUCAUAAGUAUCCAGAAAGUCCGGGAUGCACGCGGCUGCCAACGCACAACAGAAUAUGAAGGCUCCUCUGUUCGAGUUGCAAUAUCAGAUGUCCCAACGAUUAUACCACUGGAAACACAGGUAGACUAUUGUGUUGGAGAGCGACUCUCGUUCUCAUUAUCUGGCCACGCUCCGUUCGAGGUGUACUAUACGUUUAACGGCGUGGAUCGGAAAGCAACAGUGCCGAACUCCAGUUUCCGCCGCAUUGCGGAAAAGCCAGGUGAAUUUGCCAUUACGGCCGUGAGCGAUGGGGCGAGUGGGAAGUGCAAGGCGUACAAGAAUAUUACCAAGAUUAUUCACGAGAUGCCUAGCGUUAGAGUCAGUCGUGGAUCUGUUUCCGUUGUCGAAAUACAUGAGGGUGGAGAGGCUGAGAUGAUUUUUGAGUUUUGGGGCACUCCCCCAUUCGAGUUCACUUCUAUCGACAGAAAGGGCAAGAAAUCACAAAUUUUGGAUACUAAACAUGACAUAUCCUAUGAACACACCAAGGUCAUCCGAACGUCUGAUGAAGGUAGCUAUGAAGUUGUUGCGAUCAAAGACAAGUUUUGCUCGUUCUCUACCCAGGAUGCAACCGGAGCUGGCGAGAGGAACAGAGGUUAG